UCUUGAUGCCACAUCCUUGAAGUUCACAGAAACUCCAAUGAAGGCCAUUUCGUUCUGUCUUGUUAUUAUGUCAACUGCUACCAGUCGAGGUCUCAUAGGGUCUCAUCUACGUAUCUCAAUACUCAACAUACUCAACAACUCAACAGAUUCAAUACUUAGUGCUAAUAAUCGCUGUUCACUAUUCCGCAUGUGGGGUAAUCAACACAAAUCUGUCGAUCAUCCCGCCGAUCUUUCAGAGUCUUUCAAGAACUACAUACAUAACCUCGAGCGUCGUCGAAGGAAACAUCGGGGCAAAUACUCAAGGUUCGACAGCUUUUGCUUUCGCACCAGGCUCAAUGAUGUUGGAUUUGUGCACGCGAUUUUUUAUGUAUGACAUACUCAAUUUUUGGAAUCAGCACUGAAGAAAUCCGUGCUGCUCUACUGUAUACCGACAUUGGAACCCGGGGUCAAGUAAUGGGCAGCAUUGUGUUGGGGCGGAAAUCAAACAACACUUCGACAGUGCAUGCGUAGACUCUGAACAUAUUUGUUUUUGCCUUUUUUUUGGUUCUUCACAUUACUACGCAAUCGGGGACAAGGACUUGG